UAAGUACUGCCAGUCAUUAUUAUCAAUGAAGCGGUGCUCACUGAAAGUGCUGAAAGGACUAUAAUCGGGCAGAAAGAUCGUGGAAGGUCGAAGACAAGUUUGUGUGUGUUGAGUAGUGUUAAUUAUUUCGAUAAGAUUCCAUUGAUCAAAAUAUUAUGAUGAAUGUAUGAACGGUGUGUAACGGAUUUUGAUAAGCGUUGGAAAUUUUUAUUACUGUCCGUAUUUCUUUUAAUGGUGUUAUUUUAUCAUAUGGAAACCCAGUUGUAAAUUGGUAGUUUACAUUGUGGUCUUUAAAAAGCAUUCAGGCAGGUGAGAUAUCUUUAUGCCAGAGUGGCGGGACAAGUGAUUAGUGCUGGCAUUCAUAAUUACCUGUUGAUUGGAAAUCAUGCCGCUGUUUGGCAAGUCUCAAAAGAGUCCAGCGGAAGUGGUGAAAGCGCUCAAGGAGGCUGUAAAUGCCUUAGAAAGGGGAGAUAAAAAGGCUGAAAAGGCCCAAGAGGAUGUUAGCAAGAACUUGGUUCUGAUUAAGAACAUGCUAUAUGGAACAUCUGAUGCAGAACCUCAGACAGACAUCAUUGUAGCUCAGUUGGCUCAGGAGCUGUACAAUAGCAACCUUCUAUUGCUGCUUAUUCAGAAUCUCAAUCGAAUUGACUUUGAGGGUAAGAAGGAUGUGGCACAAGUUUUUAACAACAUCUUGCGGCGUCAGAUUGGCACCAGGUCACCUACAGUCGAGUAUAUCUGCACAAAGCCUGAGAUUCUUUUUACGUUAAUGGCAGGGUAUGAGCACCAAGAGAUUGCACUCAACUGUGGUACUAUGCUCAGAGAAUGUGCAAGAUAUGAGGCAUUAGCUAAAAUUAUGCUCUAUUCAGAUGACUUUUUCAAUUUCUUCAGAUAUGUAGAAGUGUCAACAUUUGACAUAGCUUCAGAUGCCUUUUCAACAUUUAAGGAAUUGUUGACACGUCACAAGAUACUGUGUGCUGAAUUCUUGGAAAUAAAUUAUGAUAAGGUAUUCUCUCACUAUCAGCGACUGCUAAAUUCAGAGAAUUACGUUACACGUCGCCAGAGCCUAAAACUGCUGGGAGAGUUGCUUUUAGACAGGCAUAAUUUUACUGUAAUGACAAGAUACAUAUCAAAUCCAGACAAUCUAAAACUGAUGAUGAAUAUGCUGAAGGAGAAGUCUCGCAACAUACAGUUUGAAGCCUUCCAUGUCUUUAAGGUGUUUGUGGCAAACCCCAACAAACCAAAACCAAUCUUAGACAUCUUAUUGCGAAACCAAGAAAAGCUUGUGGAGUUCCUAACUCGAUUUCACACUGAUCGAUCAGAGGAUGAGCAGUUUAAUGAUGAGAAGGCAUAUCUAAUAAAACAGAUUAAGGAACUGAAGCCAUUAACUGAACAUUAACAUCUCUUUUGACAGCCAUCAGACUUUAGUGAAAAGAAAUAUUAAAGUGCAUAUUAAUAUUGCAAACAGGAAAUACUGCUUCCAUUGUCUUGUAAAACAGAGAAACCAGCAGCACUUUGCUUCCAGCUUCAGUUGAGAAUGUGAUUGGUUAUUUAUGAAUGGUACGAGAGCAUUGAAUUUUGGGUGUGAAAUGUUCUGAUUCUCUCAUACUGUAUAUUUACUCACCUGAAGUCAUAACUAGUCUCCUUAUAAUCUGCUGCCACUGCUUCGGAAGCAAACUACUACCGUGAUGCAUAUUCUGUUUUUGUUUGGUAUUAUUAGACAUGAUUCCCUGAUUUCUUCCACAUAAAUAAUAAUGGUGCACAGUAUUAUGAUAAAAGUACAGCACCAUGCUUCUGUUUUCUUAUUCACUGACAAUAUGCUAUGAGCAUUUCAGUUAUUAUGGGAUAUAUAGUUUAAGACAUUUGACUUUUCUAUUUUAUAAUGAGGGUUGAUGGUAUUAGAUAAAGGUUGCGUAAUUGAAAUAUCAGCCAUCUCUUACAGCAGGAUCUGUGGGUUUAUAUUCAAUUCCUGGGCCAAGAGAAAUGUACCAGGUACUGUCAAAGUUAAAAUUGCCCAUUCCAUAUGCAAUUUUGUCCGACGUGCUUUGUCCUGAAGUUAUCCAUGCAUUGCUGUCUCAUAUGACUGUGCUAUCUUAGAGCACCUUCUGAUGAUUAUAUUGUUGAAAUAGUGUAUGGGUUCAGUUAUGUAGAUCCUGUGUUUAAAUCAUGAGUUGGGUUUUAAAUGUAAAUAUCAUUGUUAUAUUUUAACUGUAACAUUGUAUCAUAAACUGAAUUUAGAAUAAUCAAACAAGCUUUUACAUAAUUUCAUUUGUAAUCUUUGAGAUCAGAUUAGAGUUCAUAUGAAAUAUUAUUUUCUCAGACUCAGCUUUAUAUAGAAUAUGUUAUGUAUUAUAAAUUAAUUUUAAUUUGAUAAUUUCAUUACAAAAUUAUAAAUUCAAAUAGUUAUAUUUAAUUAAAGCUGGGUAUAGGGAGUAUAAAAUGACAUAUAUCUGUACAGUGCAUACAGUAUCCACUGUUCUAGACACUUUGAUUGAUUUCAUGCAUGUUGGAAAAUUAAGGUAAUAAAAUUUAUAAAAGUUUCCUCUGUUACAAUACUGAAUAUUCACAUGUAGAGGGGGUCUACUUUUUAACCUAAGCAAAAAAACCAGUUAAUGUAAAUGUAGUAGGAGUAUGAAAAUAUGCAGAACAUGCUGUUUUAAUUGACCCUACACACUAUAAAAUAAGCAGAAUCAAGGAAAUUGACACUGUCAUACAACAGCAGCAUGUAUAUUGUAACUGUGUUCACUUAUUGAAGCAGUUUUUCUAAUGCUGCACCCAGUUGCCAAAGAUGCUACACUCAUAUAAACGUGGAAAAUAAGUGAAAAACACUCUUUAUUUAUAGCAAAUAACUGAGGAACUGUACAAGGUAGUAACUGGGUGCUGCUAGAAAAAUGCUGUGUGCCAAAUAAUACAAGGAAAUUGUGACUUA